GUGGAUGACAGCAAAACGACCGAGUCCGGCACCAGCGUCGGUGCUUGACGUUGCCGACGUGGUCGUCACCAUCGUCCAAUGCACACCGUCGCCCACGGACGUGACUUCCUUUCUACAAGCGCUGCCACCAGCGACAUUGACGCCACCUCUCGCAGCCCUCCGCCAGUUCCUCAGCUCACUGGAGCCAUCGAUGGCGAGCUACGUCUGGCCACGACCAAACCUCUGUGACGCCAACGAUACCCUUCUUGUCGCUGCCAUGUCCAUCUUCAACUCGGUGUGCAUUGGUGGCUACUCGCCACGCAGACACUCGUCUUCGGGCGAGGCCAUUUAUACGCGCCUUCGUGGCACACCGGUACCGGAUCGUGUCCGUUUCGACAAAGCUUUCUGCCGCUUUGUCGCCAACUGGACAGCAAAGGUGACGCACGUCGAGCUUCUCGAGAGCCCUUCUGUAGACCACCGCGAGGCGUGCUACAGCAUGCUGCGGCAGUGCACCAGUCUCCAGCACGCACACCUUCCGUGUGAGACCCCGCUUCUCGAGGCCAUCACGACACCGGCCCACCGCGUGUCGGAGCUGAACCUCUCUUUCAACAAACGCUGGCUAGCAUCGGGCUACGCGCGGCGACUGGCCCUUGCAUCGUUUACGACCCCCGAUGCUCGUCUCGCGCUGGCGCUGUCGUCGUCGACUCUCUCGGGCCUCGCAUUGGACGUAUCCCCCGGCGCUCUUCAGAGCCUCAUUGAGAAUGGCGUCCAUUUGAGGCACCUCAAGGAGCUCAACCUCAACGCCGGCGUCCGUUCGGCAAAGGGGUUUCGCCAGCUCGCGCCGGUGCUCGACCUCCCAAUGAUCGAGCAGCUCACACUCACCAGCAAGCGCGACGGCGCGUACUGCAUGUCUGUGCUGCCUCGCAUGACAUCGCUUCAAGACCUCUCGCUCAUCGACGUCGACCUCACCAAAGGCGAAAUGCCGCGACGAUGCGGCCCAUCCGUGCUUCGUCACGCGCACUUUGAUCGCGUCAAAUUUUCAACAGCCAACUUCGACGCCGUGCUUGGCUGGGCCCUUGGCUCCCCGCAGCUCGAGUCGAUGGCGUGGUCGAACUGCAGCCACAUCAAAAAGCAUAUCGACCAAGCGGCUCGUGCGAUGCAGCUGUGCAUUGCGGCCGGUGUGCGCCGCAUGAGCUUUGAGAACUGCUAUAUCGACCGCCAUGGCGCGAAAGUGCUCGCCGACGCCUUGGCAGGCACCCACGCCCGAGAGCCGUUCGAGAUGGACCUCUCGCGCAAUACCUUUACGGCCCUCGGACAAAGCUGCCUCACCAAUGCGCUGGUAACAUGCACGAACGUGACGAUCCACCUACGUGGCGAAGUGCCCCAGUAUUUUUCCGGUAAGGAUCGAGUGCACGCCACGACGAUCGGCGUCACCAUCCGCUGCGAGGGGCUCGCCAUCUUUGUUUGCAGUCCCACGCCACCUCCGCUAUCGACGUCCGCCUAAAUGGUCGACAGCUCAUGAAUCGAAUGUGUCCCUCCCUGCAAUUGUCAAAGUUUGUCUUGGUUGGUGC